UAUACCAAAACAGCGUACUCAGAAACGUUUCAGCUGUUCAAUUCGUCAAGAAUGUGAAAUAUCAUUGGACCGUCGAAAAUGUGGCAGACUUUUUGGAGAAUAGGCUGCCGCAUUUGGAUUUCAGUGUGGACACUUGGAGUUAUCAGAGGAAAACUGCCUUAGAAUUAUUGGUAGGUGACAAGACCCGUCAUAGUUCCAGGGACAAGUUAGUGAUGUGCCUUCUUCUGAAGCAUGGAGCAAAUCCUUUGAAAUGUAGGAGCAGGGAAACCAUUAUGCAGAGGAUUUUACGACAUAAGGAUUCUGCCUUGAUCAUCAACUUUCUUAUGUUCGUGAAAGAUAUAAACAGUUUUCAUGGAGGAAGUACUGCCUUACAUAUCGCCGUUAGUAGAAGAUUGAAAGACGUGGUGGAAUAUAUCAUCAGUAGGAACGAGUUAAAUAUUAACAUGAGGACGAAUGGAAAAUGGACAGCUUUACACGAAGCUACAAAAGUAGGAAGGCUAGAUAUCAUUAAAACCCUCCUGGACAAUGGGGCGGACGUAGAGGCCAGAGAUGAAGCUGGGCAAACUCCACUGCAUUGGGCUGUCAGAUUCCAUUCUUCCAUGGAUCUAGUCAAGACACUGGUUGAAAGCGGAGCGGAUGUUAACUCGAAGGAUGAAUAUGGAUGUACACCCCUGCAUAUCCUCUGUACUAAAGGAGCAGGAGUGAAUAUGGAUAUAUUUGAUCUCCUGCUCCAAAAAAUGGAUAAUCCAAAUACAGAGGACUCAAAGGGAUCUACACCGAUUCAUAUCCUGAUGAGACUCUUACCAGUCAAUUCCCUGCCUAGAAAUAAGAAGCUCGUAGAAUUAUUUUUGAAAUAUGGUGGAAGCUUGAACAAGGAAGACGGUAUAUUUGGUACCGUGCUCCACGUGGCAGCUUGUUCAAACCAUUCUGCGAAUUUUUUAAUGUUCCUUAUGGAAAAGGGAGCCUAUGCGUGCAUUUUGAAUGGGGCAAACUUAACGUUCUUGGACUACAUUAUACGGAGCGAUAGGAAGAAAGUGAAAGAAAUCGUGAAAAAUAUGAUUGUCCAGGAGUUCAAGGGAAGAUUCGAUUUGGAUCCCCUACUUUUGAAUUGCGUGAGGACAGACCGUGAAAUCAAUCAAUAUGUGAGGUCGUGUAAGAUUGAACUCUGCUUACUUACUGGCCGUCAACUGGGGAACGAAAAACAAGUAUCCUUAUUCACGGUCUUGUCCUCGGAUGAGAGAACCCUGGCAAAUAUUUUCAGAAAUGCUCUUACCAGGAAUGAAAUGGUCAAAUUUCAUAGGCGAAAAUUUCCUAUGUUCAAGAAAAAAAUUCCUAUUUAUGGGCGGAAUUUGAUUGAUAACUAUAAACUUGGUUUGAAAAGAAUGCAGUCUGAAAAUAUUUUUCACGAUUUCUUAACACGAAUCGGUGGAAACGAUCUGAGCAUUUACUCAGUGGAAGAAAUAGUAAGACUUUGUCCUACUGAGGAAAUGAUCAAACUGAAACCGAUUUGAUUCCAACGGUCUGCUCCUAUAAAGAGUUUGAUCACUGAAAGAGUAGCGAAUUUCCAAAAUCACAACGCGGACAAUUUUGUGCGGAAUAUUUUAUUCAGUAUUCAUUUGUAUAUUUUCAUUUAUCUCAUUACCAUUUCUUUCAAAUCUGACAUUUUAUAAUUCAUUUAAAUCAAUUAAUUUAUAUAUUAUUUAUUUGAUAUUUAUGUUUUAAAUACUGGUGAGGUUUAAUUUGUGUUGAAACCCUAUUUAUUUCUUUUGUUAACUUAUUUUUAUUCUCUGAUAUAAUAUAUAUUUUGUUAUGAUCCGUUUUCAUUUUCUAUUUUAUAUAUAAAGCGUAAGUC